UGUGAGUACAGGCCUCCAGAGCAGACAGGAGAAAUGUAGAUAACAGGAGAAGGCGUGUCGCUAAUAUAGGUUUCGAUCGUGCUUUUGACAAAGAAGUAAUAAAAGCUAAAAGACUUCCGGAUUUGUUUCUUUGGACUCGCGAGGGAGUCAUAUCGAGUCAUAUCUCCCGCCUGAAAGCCUGAGGGCCGGGCGGACCCCUGCUUUGAUCUAUACUUUAGAUAGGCUGUAUACGUUACAGUUGCUGUUCUUGGUCAUGGAUGAUUUUGUCCGUAACAAAUUAACAGAAUGGGGUUUCAGCGGGUUGAUAGAAAAAUUUAAAGAUGAAGGCAUUGACACUGAAAGUCUUUACGUUCUUGAGGAUCAAGAAAUCGCUGACUUGAUCUCAAAAGUGGGACCAAGGGCAAAAUUCAAGAACAAACUCAAGUUGUUAAAAAAGGAACAAAACUCAACAAAUCUGGUACCAGUUAAUUCUCCUGCUCAGGUUUUUCCAUCCACCAGUGACACCAGUGAUAAAGGGAAGAGAAAGUUGGAUUUUCUGGGCGAGUCCAGCAAGUCACCGUCAAGAAAACGACGACAUGACACUGACACGGAUAAAACCAUACUGUGUGAAGUGAAAAACAUCAUGAACAUUGUCCAACAGAAAAUACCUAACCAAGACAACAAGCUCAAUACAUUCCUGAAGAAGAAAAUAAGAGAUUUGGAGACAGACAAGCGGGAGAUUGUCGGCGUCUUUGGUAAAACUGGGGCUGGAAAGAGCUCUUUGAUCAAUGCCGUCAUUGGAGUGAAGAAUCUCUUGCCCUCGGGAAGUGUAAAUGCAUGUACAUCAGUCAUGAUUAAAGUCGAGGAUAACAAGCAGAACCAGGCAUAUCAGGCAGACAUUGAGUUUAUUACAAAAGAGGAGUGGAAAGAUGAGCUGUGGUCCAUGUUAAAUUUUCUCCGGGAUAAUGCAGAGCAGCAACGUAGUGACGAAGAGCAAGAUGAUUAUCGUGACACUGUGGAAAAGCUCUCAGCGCUGUAUGGAGAAGAAUGGGAAAACAAAUCUCCUGAAAACCUCAUGGAUUACAGAUAUUUCAGAGAAAUUCAAGAAUUUGUCAAUCGCAAGAAGAAGACUUUGACAUGUGAAACAGCUAAAGGCCUAGCUGCAGAAUUUGUCAAAUACACGACAAGUGACUCAAAAGAUGGAGAAGUACAGAGGUGGUACUGGCCACUAGUGAAGUGUGUGACCAUCAAGGUGCCCAAUAAUGAUCUUCUCCAGCAUGUUACACUUGUGGAUCUUCCUGGAAAUGGGGACCGUAACAAGAGCAGAGACAAGAUGUGGAAACAGGUUGUCGGAAGUUGUUCUACUGUGUGGGUUGUGACUGAACUAAAUCGAGCAGCAGCAGAGAAAGAACCCUGGGAAAUCCUGAAAAGUGCCUGCAGCCUCAUGGGAAAUGGUGGCGAGUGUCAGCGCAUUCAUUUUAUCUGCACCAAGUCAGAUGAAAUUAAAGAUUUGGGAUCUGAUGAUCAUUCAGCAGCUGCUCUUCGUGCUCUCAUAUUUAAAAAAAACAUUCAAGCCAAGGAAAAAGUGAACAAAGAAUUCAGCCAACUCAAGAUGUUUAAAAAACAUUUCAACGAUGAAUGUUUUGAAGUGUUCACAGUGAGCUCCAAAGAGUUUCUAAGAAAGAAAUAUCUGGACUCAGAGGAUACUGAAAUACCCAAACUUCAAACAUUUCUGCAACAUCUCAAUGACUGUCACUCAGAGACAUUGAACUAUGUCUCCGGAGCUUUUGGGAUUCUCUCUCUGAUUCAAGGCGCCAGACGUCAAGAAGGGGCUGACAAAAGAAAAGAUGUGUACACAGAGCUUGAAGAAAGGAUGGACCAUGAACUUGAUGAAGUCAGAAAACCCAUGAACGAGAUUUGUCAGGCUUUUGAAAAAUGCCUCAGUGAGGGGGUUGAAAAGUCAAAUGGUUCAUGGGAAAAAGUCUUGAAGUCGGUCUUACAUCCUAAAAAUGUAAAAGGUGGAGCUUUUCACAAGAUAUUGAAGUGUGUAGUUGAGAACGGUGGCACCCACAAACCCAAAAAAAAGAAAGAAAUAAAUCUGAAUAGGAAGUUAGCUUCCUGCCUGACUGACAGCAUUGACGAGGAAUUCAAGAAGACCUUCCCAAAUGAAGGAAAAUGUGGACCAAUCAACGAGGCCCUCAGUAGGUUUUCACUUGACACUAAGAAGCUGAUUGAAAAGUACAAAGAUGUCGAACUGCAGCUGAUAUUCCUCAAGACAGAGGUAGAAAAAGUAAAGACAAAACUCAUCAAAGUCAUCCGGGAGCGUAAGAAAACCAUCUACAGCAGUCUGACGACAACAAUAGGGGAAAUUAUGCAAGAAUGCUAUGAUGAAGCAGCAGAAUUUUGUGGUGAGGGCUCGAUGAAAAACAUGAGGGACACAAUUGAGAAGCAUGUACGUGAUUCAAAGAACAUCAUGUUUGAGCGGGCUAAACAUGAAAUGAUGAACCAGCUGAGAGACUUGAUGGAAGAGAUCCUGGAGACCCUGGAGAACACAAUGCUGGAAUCAAUCGAGCUGUCACUCAAGACAGAUGGCAACUCAAUCCCAGAUGUUACAGAUGAGCUUCAGAAGGUGACGAGCCACCACAAUGAACUGGAAAGGAAAGUCCAAUCUGAAGACCCAUCACAAGCUUGGUUUACUCCCUGAAGAGAAACAGCAGAGGCCAGACUACCCAGUGAAGGUCCUGCAGGCUCACUGAAUACUGAUGUCAGGUCUCUGGAUCUAGUCUUAACCAUUUUAAUUCUCUCUGUUCUUUUAAGUGUUGUUUGGUGUAAAUAUUGGAACCAUUAUUCCCACGCUUAUACUACUAGUAUGUGUAUCAGUCAUUCCUUUGAUAUUUUCAGAAAUAUUCCAUUUCAUUCAUAUUUUCAGCUGGAAACUCCAUUUAAACUUUAAAAUGUUCCACAUCUUUCAUACAUUUCGGGUAGUAUUAAACUUCCAAAAUCCCACUUAAACUUCCAAAACAAAACGUUAAACUUCAUUUGAAGCAUAGUAAAAAUGACCUCAGAUAUUUACCCUGUACAGGUCUUAACCAUCGUUCCACUGUCAUGUCCCAGUGACAUUUGUUUAAAGAUUUAACAGUUUUUACUCAUAUUUUUAUUUUCUGUAUUGGUCGAGUGAGAUGAAAUUUCAAUGAUUAGAGUUACUUACUGUGCACACUAAACAGCUGAUGAAGGUGUUUGGAUGAACACUGAAAUGUCUUGUAUUUUAUAUUUUUAAUCCAGUGUUGUCAAAUCAAAGCUUUGUUGAAACAACAAUUACCUGGAUGCGUAAAUGAAUCUCCAUAGACAGAUUUAAUAGAUGUCUAACUUAAAUUCACAGUAGCUUGUGUUUUUUUUUUUCUUCAAGUGUGAUUGUUUGGUGAUCGCACCAUUUUGAAUAUGUAACCAUUACUUUUACUCUUAAAGUGUUUUUGAAUUUUGUAUGCAUUUAUUAAUACAUUGCUUUGAGCAUCUAUUCGUAAAGUGUGGUAUGAAGUUAAUCUCUGAGUUUAUGUAUUAUAUAUUUUCCUUUUUAUUUCUUCAGAUUCUAUGUUCUCAAUCUAUAUGCAUGAUAUACUAAAAUGCCUACCAUGGUUCUAAUCAUUGUGUUAAAAUGAUUUUCAUGAAGACAAAUGACAGUUGGACAUAACAAGUGAACAUGAAGCAGGAAAUUGUGGUUUAGAAUUGAACUGACAGGAACAUUUCUACGAGGAAGACAGGAAAGAUGGGCCUCAUGCAAACAUGUAGAUGGCGUGAAGCUUCUUGCCUCUUAUUAAUAUUGAGUACAGCCCCUUUACAAGUAAUUACAGUACAUACUCUACGCUGGAUUUGGAAUUGACUUUUUAAAGAUGAUCUUGAUCAUUUUUUUUUUCAUGUUCAAGGACAUAACCGUCCCUUAAUGCAAAUAUAAGUUUGUGUAUUUGAGUCUUCAGUCAUAUAUGAAAAAUAAUGAGAUAUAUGAUAGUAAACCAUCUAAUCUGGCUUCUUGUCAUUUACUGAACAAUUGGUAUUUUUUAAUGUACACUGAUUCUAAAUGUGUUUGAUAUGGUAUACCUUAAUAAAGUUAACAUAUUUCAAAGUUACA